AUGGCUUCCUACUACGCCUUUGCCUUUUUACUGGCGUCUAUUGGCCUCACCGCGGCGACAUUUGGCGGACACGAACACGUCCAUAUCAGGGUACACAUACCCGAUGAUCAUCAUUCAACGGAGCAUCACGAUGACCACGGCCAUGGAGGGUACGGUGGAGGCGGUGGAUUUGCCGAACAUCUACACGGAGGCUUUGCUGACCACCUGAAAGGGGAGCACGAUCAUGGGGGAUUUGGUGGUGGUUUCGGCGGUGGAUUUGGCGGUGAUGCUGGCCAUGGAUAUGAUCUUGGUGGUCAUGGAGGGGGUCAUGGCGGUGGAUUCGGAGGUGGUCACGAUGUUGGAGGGCAUGGCGGUGGACAUGACAUAGGUGGUCAUGGCGGUGGACAUGACAUUGGUGGUCACGGAGGUGGAUUUGGCGGCGGACAUGACUUAGGAGGUCAUGGAGGUGGAUUUGGAGGUGGACAUGAUUUAGGAGGUCAUGGAGGUGGAUUUGGCGGCGGACAUGACCUAGGAGGUCAUGGUGGUGGAUUUGGAGGUGGACAUGACUCAGGAAGCCAUGGGGGUGGAUUUAGCGGCGGACAUGACAUCGGAGGGCAUGGGGGUGGAUUCGGUGGUGGACAUGACUCAGGAAGCCAUGGGGGUGGAUUUAGCGGUGGCCAUGACAUCGGAGGGCAUGGGGGUGGAUUCGGUGGCGGCUAUGACAUCGGAGGCCAUGGGGGUGGAUUUGGAGGUGGCCAUGAUAUCGGAGGACACGGGGGUGGAUUUGGAGGUGGCCAUGAUAUCGGAGGACAUGGGGGUGGAUUUGGAGGUGGCCAUGAUAUCGGAGGGCAUGGGGGCGGAUUUGGAGGUGGCCAUGAUAUUGGAGGGCAUGGGGGUGGAUUUGGAGGUGGACAUGACUUAGGCGGCCAUGGUGGAUUAGAUAUUGGAGGCCAUAGUGGUGGUUUAGGAGGUGGUCACGGAGGUGGGUUUGGUAGCAGUCAUGACAUAGGUGGAUACGGAGGUGGAAAUGAUAUCGGAGGUCAUGGAGGAUUCGGAGGCUCUGGCCAUGGUCAUGGAGGCUUUGGCGGACAAGGUGGUUAUGGCGGUGGCGCCGGGCACGGUGGGGGAUUUGGGGGCGAUCACGGCGGCUUAGAGAUCGGACAUGGACACGAUGCCCACAGUGGUGGACAUUCAGGAGGUCAUGGCAGCCAGGACAGUUACACCCUCGCUCUAUCCAGCCACGGUUCUGGAGGACUCGGUGACUUUGGGGGCCACGACAGUUAUUCUGGGGGCCAUGGUGGCGACAGUUACAGCGUAGGUGGAGGUCAUGGAGGACUUGGAGGGCAUGGCGAUAGUUACAGUGUGGGUGGGGGUGGUCAUGGAUCAAGCAGUUUUGGGGACAGCUACACAAACGCGAUAAGCGCAGGACACGGUGGUGGUCCGUACCAUAAGAAAUAA